ACUUCAUUCCUACAGUAUAUGUGGAUAUGGCAAGCGUACACCACUUUUUCAAACAAAAGACCGUUUUAGUUACUGGAUCCACCGGCUUCUUAGCAAAAGUUUUUGUAGAGAAGUUAUUAAGGAUUCAAUCAGAUGUGAAGAAAGUGUAUCUUCUUAUCAGAGCAUCAGAUGAUAAUGCAGCCGCAAAACGUUUCUGUGAUGAUAUCAUAGGAAAGGAUUUGUUCAGGGUUCUACGAGAUGAGAUGGGAGAAGAUUUUGAUUCUUACAUAUCAGAAAAGGUAGCUGCAGUUGCAGGUGACGUUUCUGCUGGAAACUUGGGACUUAAUGAUGAAAACCUUGAAAAGCUGUUGGGAGAAAUACAAGUUAUUGUGAACUCAGCUGCAGUUACCCAAUUUGAUGAAAGAUUUGACGUUGCAAUGAAUGUUAACACGAUGGGCGCUCUGAAUGUCUUAAACUUCGCAAAGAGGUGUCAAAAGAUACAAGUUCUUCUCCACGUAUCAACUGCAUAUGUGUGUGGGGAGGCUAAGGACAAAGAAGUAGUAAUACGGGAAGAACCCUUUAAGAUGGGACAUGCCUUGAAGAAGGUUGCAGAAUUAGACAUUCACGCGGAACUCGGUUUUAUGAAGAAAAGAAUGCAACAGCUCGAAGAGGAGAAUGCUGAUGCAAAGGCCAUCUCAGCUGCAAUGAAAGAUUAUGGACUUAAGAGGGCAAACUUAUAUGGAUGGCCAAACACUUACGUAUUUACAAAAGCAAUGGGAGAAAUGUUUCUGUCACAUCUCAAAGAUCAGAUUCCGCUAGUCAUCCUACGCCCAACCAUGGUGACCAGUACCUACAAAGAACCCUUUCCUGGCUGGAUUGAAGGUUUCAGAACAGUGGAUGCCGUAAUCGGUGGCUAUGGCAAAGGAAAAUUAACUUGCUUUCUGGGUAAUCCUAAGACAAUUUUAGACUUGAUACCUGCGGACAUAGUAGUAAACUGUAUGAUGGCAGCAAUGGCGAAACAUUCGAAUGAAGCUUCAGAGAAUUACACAUACCAUGUUUGUUCUUCGUCAAGAAAUCCUUUUAGACUUUCAUCUCUUCCUAAUAUCUUGUCUCUUUAUUUCAAGAAUAACCCACUGACCACCAAAAAUGGAAAGCCUUUGAUGAUUCGAUCCAAGGCAACAUUAGCAAGCAACGCUCAUUUCCAUAUGUAUUUGCUGAUUCAAUAUCUGCUACCACUCACGGGAUUAAAUUUAGCGAACAAAGUGCUUUGCGGAGGCUUCCAAGAUGCUUACAAUGGCAACCACAGGAAAAUCAAAAUGCUGACACGAAUGGCUGAGCUUUACAAACCUUACGUGUUUUUCAAGGCUACCUUCGACGACAGCAACACAGAAAAGCUAAGGAAGGCAACAAAGUGGUGGGAGGGCGUUGGAAGUAUUGAUUGGAGUGAGUACAUGAUGGACGUGCACAUUCCUGGCCUCGUCAAGUAUGCAAUUAAGUAAUCCUCCAAGUGAUUUCCCCAAAUUGAUUAAAUCAAUAAAAUAAAUUGUACUAGACCAAGGUGUUUUUUUUUUGGGGGAAGAUUGAAAAAAA